AUCAUUUUUCUCAUCCGUGCAUUCUUUUAAAGUAAGUUCGUCAUCAUGAAACUCGCUUACGCUUAUUAAUGGAAGUUUGGCCGCUGAUAAUGCAUAAGAUAAGUAUCGUUAAUUUACGGCCGUAUUUGUUUCCUGUUUUUGUUGCUGCUUUUUUGAUGAAAGUAUAUCUAAUUAGUGGAAAGGGAGUGAUACAAUCCAGGACUCGGGGCGAUGCUGAAUCCUUCACUUGUUGCUGCUUGGAGAUUCUGAGAAUCCCAUGUUAUGUAAAUGAGGAAUCCGUUGCAGCUGCUCUAAUUUGCAUUACCAUUACGUUCUUAUCUCAUAUGGAUUGCAACAAGAGCCCUUUAUCUACAGAAUAUUCAAAUUUCUACUCAUUAUUCUUCCCCACGUAUGGCUACGAAUCAAAGCCCCUACAACAAUUUUUGCAAAUUCAAUUAAUUAAUCACUUACAGCGGAAUCUCAUUGCGUUCGAGAAGAACGUAUGA